GUCUCGGAUGGGUUCAUAGAAAGUUCACUCGCAUAUAUUAGGCAAUUCAAUCUUUCAUUCUCUGUGACCAAACUAGUAUGAAAUGAGCUGCAUGGAGGCAGGAUAACCCAUUCGUCAUCCGAACGGGGAGAUGUGGUUUUAAAACGCGAUCUGUAAUAUUUAUAAGAACAUAUUUUCAGUACGGCGGGCUCGAGCGAGGAGCUUGUUGUUAAGCGCACUACACGGGGCUGUGCAAAAAAUAAAGUAUAUACACGUUGGAACGUUACGGAGGUGACUGACUGGCUGACACACGUUGGAACGUUACGGAGGUGACUGACUGGCUGACACCUUUUCGUCUCAACAACCGGACACCAGAGGAAAAUGGCAAAUCAUCAUUUGGGUCAAUUACAAGCUUUUAGCGGUGUUGUCUGUCAUAAUUCAUGACUCUCAUAGUCUGGGAAGAAGACCAAUAUUUUACGUGCCAAGAAAGUGGCAGACUUUGAUGGAGUUGUGUGCACUUAUGUUCGCGAUUAUUAUCCACACCUAAAUUCUAUUUUAAAGGAAUACAAUAACAGGCAGACUUUUGCGACUAAGGGAAAUCAUGUUUGAUUGUAUGGAUUUGCUAGCGGUGAGCCCGGGACAAAUGUUGGAUUUCUACACMUCGAGUCCCUCUUCGUGCAUGCUACAAGAGAAGGCACUGAAAGCGUGCUUCGGCGGGCUCGCUCAGAGAGACUGGCAACACCGCCGGAGCGCACAGUCCAUCGAGACCCAGAGCACCAGUUCUGAGGAGCUGGUCCCAAGCCCCCCGUCCCCCCUGCCCCCGCCCCGCGUCUACAAGCCCUGCUUCGUGUGCCAGGACAAGUCCUCGGGGUACCACUAUGGUGUCAGCGCCUGCGAGGGCUGCAAGGGUUUUUUCCGUAGAUCCAUCCAGAAGAACAUGGUGUACACAUGUCACCGGGACAAGAACUGCAUCAUCAACAAGGUGACCAGGAACCGCUGUCAGUACUGCCGGCUCCAGAAGUGCUUUGGCGUGGGCAUGUCCAAAGAGUCUGUUCCGGAAUGACCGCAAUAAGAAGAAGAAGGAGAGUCCCAAGCCAGAGCUGACCGAAAACUAUGAGCUGAGUCCAGAAUCAAGAUGGCCAUCAUAGAGAAGAUACGCAAGGCUCAUCAGGAGACCUUCCCAUCGCUCUGCCAGCUGGGGAAAUACACCACGACGGAGACACUGAUCUAUCCAACACCGAAUGCGAGAUUGUCUACGUGCGCUUGUUGGAGGAUGGGAAGCCAGUCAAUCUCCUGGUCGGACAACAGACACUUGAGCACUCUCAUGCCAUUGGUAAGUUGUUCCUCUUUAUAGGCUUUAUUAUUGUGUAAAGUUGAAUCAUUAUUCAUAAUGGAGAUAAUUUAGUUUGUCAGAAAUACUUUUGUGUAAUUGUUUUUUUGUGUUGUCAUUCGAUGUGUUUUGGAUGCCACCAAGGCCACAUUUCGUGCUGUUUGCCCAGAGGAGGAUGGAGGGUCAUGGAUGAAGAGGGGCAUCUCCUUCGGGGCAGAUGGUGCCUCCGUGAACAUGGGCCACCGUGGGGGAGUGAUUGCCCACCUGCAGAGAGAGGCAGGGGGGCAUAUAAUCCCAAUCCACUGUAUGCCACAUAGGGAAUAACACUGAAGGGGAAUCUGAAAGGCUUCACGGACCUCACCAAUCCCCAGCUGAAGCAGCACAUGGAGGCGGCCAUCAACAUGGGCGUGGAUGAUCUCAAAGCCAGGUUUGGUGGUUUGCUGAAGGAUGAGAGUGUCCAGACCCCAGUGGAGUCUUUCAGAGUGCUAAACCCUGACACAUGGCCAGAAGACCAGCCUUCUCACCUUUGGCGAUGARGGUGUGGCAGACCUGAUGAGGCAUUUCAAGGAGCCUCUAGAGAGAUCAGGGUGCAACACGGCUGUAACCCAGGAUGAGUGGCAGAGGCUGGACAUCCUGGUCAGACACAGUUUCAAGGACAAGUCCUACAGUGGCCUGUGGGAGACCAUGUUGACAGGCACGAUUACAAGAACAUACUGGGGUUGGUGCAGUUUAUGCUGGUGCUGCCCAUUUCAGCCGCCCAGUGUGAGCGCGGCUUCUCUACCGGAUUAAGAAUUCGACAAGAAGCUGCCUUGGGGUCUCCACCACCGAAGACCUGAUGAGGAUCAGCCUGGAGGGGCCUCCUGUCGAGGAGUUGGGGUCUCCACCACCGAAGACCUGAUGACGAUCAGCCUGGAGGGGCCUCCUGUCGA